GAGGUUCGAUCAGUCAAAAGUUGUUGCUUUCCGGUUUGUCUAAAAUUAUCCUACAGUACCUGUACGGACGAUUUCUUUUUUGUGAAUUGUGGAUUCCCUACAUGGUACAGAGUACAGCAAUGGCCUGUUACGGCAACUGAAACUGCAACAUUUCAUUAUCUAAGACUGUAGAGCCUGGAUUUUGGUAACGUAUCACCACCGGUGAUCACAAAGGGAGACAAACCCAUAGAAAGGAUGGCUUCCCUACGUAGGUGACUAAAACUUUUGGACAGAUUACUCAACCGAGGGCCCAAAAAUCUUCUGGCUUGAGUUGAAGAGGAACGAACCGUCUGCGGAAAAGAUGCCCAACCCCCAGCCACACGGACACAGGAGCCUGCCACGCUCACGGCGCUUCACGUAUGGCGUAGGCCACGUCUUGAACGAUCUUUGUGCGUCCAUGUGGUUCUCCUACCUGCUGGUGUACUUCCACAAGGUGGUAAACUUCUCCAACGUGCUGGCUGGCCAGCUGCUGAUGGUGGGGCAGGUCAGCGACGCCCUGUGUACGCCAUUUGUCGGAUAUGAGUCGGACAGAACCAGGAGCGGCUGUGGGUACGGAAGGAGGAAGAUCUGGCACCUCGUAGGUUCAGUUUGUGUAGCCUGCAGUUUCCCCUUCAUUUUCAACCUGUGCAUCAGCUGCUCCAAGUCUCCCGACUGGGCACAGUUCAUCUACUACGUCCCGUUUGUGGUGAUUUUCCAGUUCGGCUGGGCAUCCACACAGAUCUCCCACCUGGCCCUCAUCCCAGACUUAGCCAGCAGUCCCUCACUAAGGGUGGAACUCAACGCUAUCAGGUAUGCGUUCACAGUGCUUGCGAAUGUGGCAGUGUAUGCCAUAGCCUGGCUACUGCUUGGUUUAGAGGACAGGUCCAAUCACCAUGACCUUUCACCUGAAGAUGCAGAUGAAUUUAGGAAUCUUGCCUUUAUUGUGAUUGGCAUUGGGCUGUUUUUCUCCUUCAUCUUUCACAUGGGAACGACAGAGCCUCUCAGGCCACACAGAGCAGAGAGUGUGACCGAGGAGCAGCCUAACGUCCAGGAGGACGAAGAAAAUGAACCCAUUAUUAAGAAGAAACUCAAGAGAAGAAAAAUGACCUGGAAAUGCUGGUUAAAAGAGGUCCAGUUUUACCAGGUGGCUCUUCUGUACAUGUGCACACGGUUGAUGGUGAACAUGUCACAAGUCUACAUGCCACUCUACCUCACAGACACCCUCAACUUGGACAAGGCUUACAUUGCAACCAUACCCCUGGUCACAUACUUGAGCGGUUUCUUGUCAUCCUUUGCCAUGAAGGCAGUAAACAAAGCAGUCGGAAGGAAGAUGACAUUUUUCCUGGGCGUGAUGUGCGUACUGUUUGCGUGUGACUGGAUGUGGGUGCCGAACAUCGGCCUGCAGGUUUACGGCGCAGCCGUGCUACUCGGAGUCGGCGGUUCCACCGUCCUCGUCACGUCCCUCUCCAUGACAGCUGACCUCAUCGGGGAAAACCUGGAUAGUGGUGCUUUUGUGUAUGGUGCCAUGAGUUUUACUGACAAACUGUCCAACGGGCUGGCUGUCACACUAGUACAGACUCUACAUCCCUGCUCGGACACGAAUACAAUGUGUAAGCAAGCACCCUGUGAUCCGUCACAAAGUGUGUGCUGUGAUGCGUGCCAGUCCUACUACCAGCAGGUGAUGGUGUUUGUGCCAGGAGGCGUGGGUCUUCUGGCACUGCUGGUGCUGGCAACUCUCAUCUGUAAACCCAUCGGCAUCAAAACAGAAUUCAUUUCAGAGCGUCAGAUGGACAACAGUGCAGAGCAUGUGCCGGUGGAGUAUGGUGCGAUACGGUCUACGCCACACAUGAACGACACGGACAACUCUGAGGUUUCACUCACCACUUGUGAUGCAUAGUGGAAGGUUUGAAAUGUAUUAACUCCACCUUCAGGAGCUGAAUCUGUUGUAAAAUGAAAAGACAUUCCCUAGGAGACAGAUUAGAAGGGUAAGGCCUAGGAAAUUAAUGUUGUGUCUCCUAUUACAGUCCUGAAAAAUUAGGGCAGGUAGAUACUAGGGAUUCACUGUUAGUUUUUACAUCUUAGUCAAAGUGAGCCAACAAAUAGAGUUAAUACACUGAAAAUACACUGGUAUUUGGACGUGAACCGAAGCAUUAUGUCUAGUUCGGAUUCAGUCUUUCAUCCUUUUUAAAAAAAAGGCUAGGGUCGUUUUUUUUGUUAGAGCUGGUCGGGUAAUGGAAAACACAUUUUUUCCCUAGGACUUGUAUAAUAAGUGUUAGUGUGUAUUACUUUUAUAGAUAGGCCUGGAAUAAAUAUCGCACAAGGAGAUCAGUAUCUUGGCUAUAGCUGGCCAUUUAAGAAUACCUCACUGGCUUGUAAAAUACAGUUAAACCUGUACAAGUGACAAUCUCUACAUAUAAGGACCACCUGGCCAAUGUGACCACUUAUUGAUGGUCCCUAAGAUAAUAUGCAUUAGGUAUCCUGUCUAUAGUGACCACCUGUUCACAUAGUGCAGAUUUUAUUCUUCUCAGUCUUCAUGGGCAGGUUUGACUACUGAUUUUUGUGCAUUUUGAGUUUUGCUGGCCAUAAGUGGACACUGGUAGAUGCUGCAUUUAGGGCCCGGGCCUGCAUGGGGGGGUCCCACAACGCUCUACGCUAAAUUGUGAGAGCACUCGAUUGCGCUUUAAGAUAAAUUCCAAGUGGCUACAACACAUAACAUAGAAUUGAAACAGAGAAUAUUCUCUACAUAAAAUACACCAAUUACGUAUACGCUCUACGUUGAAUUAGAGUGGCCCGUCUACACUCUACGUAGAAUUAAAAUGGCUGAUUACGGAUUGUGGGCCCCCAUUUAGUACUAGUAGUACAUUCACGUAUAGCAUUCCUGGAUCAUGGAUGUACCUUCCCAAUAGUGAAUAGGAAGUGUUUUCUUUCAUAGAACCAAUGAUGACUAUUACCUUGCUUACGUUUCGAUGUCUAUCAGACACCUUCCUCAGAGGUUCUGACCAUAACUACAAUGUACUUCUCGCCACUACAUGUAGCCAAUGUAUCUGCCAGAUAUUUAGAGUUAAAACUUUAGAUCCAACACAAAAAGUUCUCUCACCUACUAGAGCUUUUGACCAGUCACUCUGGUCUUCCUUGU